UCCAGUCGCUCCGACGUGAAGGCAGCUGUCAGGGGCAGUUCCCCACUCGGGGGCCACGGAAAGAAGCCCCCCAGCGCCCACGCCAUGAAGGAGGAGGCCUUCCUGCGGCGCCGCUUCUCCCUGUGCCCGCCUUCCUCCACCCCGCAGAAAGCCGAGCCCCGUCCGUUUCAGAGGGAUUUGGUGCUCCCGGGGGAGCCAGGCCGCCCGCCAUGCGUCUCACCCCAGCGCUGUCUUGCAGGGAAGGACAUGGAGCCCAACAGCCCGUCGCUGCCAAGGGAUGAAGGGCCCCCGACCCCCGGCUCCGCCACGAAGUUGCCGCCGGCUGAGUACAGGCUGUGCAAUGGGUCCGACAAGGAAUGUGUGUCCCCAACGGCCAAGGUCACCAAGAAGGAGACUCUCAAGGUGCAGAAGGAAUACUACCGGCAGGAGAAGAAACGUGCCACCAAGCAGCUGCUCAGCGCCCUGACGGACCCGCGCGUGGUCAUCAUGGCCGACAGCCUGAAGAUCCGAGGGACCCUGAAGAGCUGGACCAAGCUGUGGUGCGUGCUGAAGCCGGGGGUCCUGCUCAUCUACAAGACGCCCAAGGUGGGCCAGUGGGUGGGCACGGUGCUCCUGCACUGCUGCGAGCUCAUCGAGCGGCCCUCCAAGAAGGACGGCUUCUGCUUCAAGCUCUUCCACCCCCUGGACCAGUCUGUCUGGGCCGUGAAGGGCCCCAAAGGCGAGAGUGUGGGCUCCAUCACGCAGCCCCUCCCCAGCAGCUACCUGAUCUUCAGGGCCGCUUCGGAGUCAGACGGGCGCUGCUGGCUGGACGCCCUGGAGCUGGCGCUGCGCUGCUCCAGCCUCCUGCGGCUCAGCGGGAGCAAGCAGGGCUGCGACCGGGAGCCCGGGUCCUCGCCCGACGGGUCCCCCUCCUCGCUCUGUGGGCUGCCCCCCUCGGCCGCCAUCCACGACCAGGACCUGUUCCCGCUGAACGGGUCCUCCCUGGACGAUGCUCUCUCAGACAAGUCAGAGAGGGAGGUGGGCGAGGAGUCGGACGAGGCCCAGGACCACAGCCAGAGGACCAAUGGGAGCGGGAGUGACCUGUCCGAGGCUCCCAGGGCCCCAGCCCCUCGAGGAACCACGUACGUGGAGCAGGUCCACGAGGAGCUGGGGGAGCUGGGCGAGGCGUCCCAGGUGGAGACGGUGUCUGAGGAGAACAAGGGCCUGAUCUGGACGCUGCUGAAGCAGCUGCGGCCCGGCAUGGACCUGUCCCGCGUGGUUCUGCCCACGUUCGUGCUGGAGCCCCGCUCCUUCCUCAACAAGCUCUCCGACUACUACUAUCACGCCGACCUGCUGUCCCGGGCCGCGCUGGAGGAGGACCCCUACAGCCGCAUCAAACUCGUGCUGCGUUGGUACCUUUCUGGCUUCUACAAGAAGCCCAAGGGGAUCAAGAAGCCCUACAACCCCAUCCUGGGGGAGACCUUCCGCUGCAGCUGGUUCCACCCCCAGACCAACAGCCUCACCUUCUACAUCGCGGAGCAGGUGUCGCACCACCCGCCCGUGUCCGCCUUCCACGUCAGCAACCGGAAGGACGGCUUCUGUAUCAGUGGCAGCAUCACGGCAAAGUCCCGGUUCUAUGGAAACUCACUGUCGGCUCUGCUGGACGGCAAGGCCACGCUCACCUUCCUGAACCGGGCAGAGGAUUAUACCCUCACCAUGCCCUACGCCCACUGCAAAGGAAUCCUGUACGGCACCAUGACCAUGGAGCUGGGCGGCAGGGUGACCGUCGAAUGCAAGAAGAACAACUUCCAAGCUGAGCUGGAGUUCAAGCUCAAGCCUUUCUUUGGGGGCAGCACAAACAUCAACCAGAUCUCGGGGAGCAUCUCAUCGGGAGAGGCGGUGCUGGCACAUCUCUCGGGACACUGGGACAGGGAGGUGUUCAUCAAGGAGGAGGGCCGAGGAGGCCCAGAGCCCUUCUGGAACCCGAGCGGGGAGGUUCGCGGGCAGAGGCUGAAGCGGCGCACAGUCCCGUUGGAGGAGCAGGGGGAGCUGGAGUCGGAGAGGCUCUGGCAGCAGGUCACCAAGGCCAUCAGGGAGGGUGACCAGCACAAGGCCACGCAGGAGAAGCUUUUCCUGGAGGAGGCGCAGCGGCAGCGGGCCCGCGAGCGCCAGCAGAGCCUAGUGCCAUGGACACCCCAGCUGUUCCACCUGGACCCCGCCACCCAGGAGUGGCGCUACCGAUUUGAGAACCACAGCCCCUGGGACCCCCUGAAGGACAUCGCCCAGUUUGAGCAGGAUGGGGUUCUGCGCACCCUGCAGCGGGAGAGCCUGACCCGCCAGACCCGCCUGGUGGGCAGCCCAGGGCCCAGGCACCAGGGGCCUGGCCCAGACCGGCGGCUUCGCAAGGCCAGCGACCAGCCCUCCGGCCACAGCCAGGUCACCGAGAGCAGCGGCUCCACGCCCGAGUCCUGCCCAGAGCUCUCAGAUGAGGAUGGUGACGGAGACUUUGUCCCCGGCAGCGAGAGCCCGUGCCCAAGGUGUGGGAAGGAGGCGGGGCGGCUGCAGGUGCUGCACGAGGCUGUCCUGUCCAUCCGGGAAGCGCAGCAGGAGCUCCACAGACACCUCUCGGCCAUGCUCAGCUCCACAGCCAGGGCCAGGCCAGGGGCCCCGGGCCUCCUGCACAGCCCCCGCUCCUGGUUUCUGCUCUGCGUGCUCCUGGCCUGUCAGCUGCUCAUGAACUACAUUUUCACCUAAGAGUCCUUCGGGAGCGUGGCUUCGGGGUGCGUGGCCAUCGCCUGUGGAACUCCCUCCGGGGCCAGCUCCAGCCCUCCCUCCUGGGCACCCAGCACUUUAAACCAGCCCCAGGGAGACAGAGAGACAUUGGGAGCUCGGCCACUGUGGACAGAGGCGCCCUGGUGAAAGGAGAACAGCAGCAGGGACCCAGGGGCCACCCAUCUCCUCUUGGGGAGAUACUGGCCUCUCAGCAGGGCCCCCGCCCAGCACUGGCCUUAAUGCUUAAGCCAAAUGCCACUGUUGUCCUGUGGCCCACUCCCUGGUCAUCUGGCCUCUCACUCCCAGUCCAGCUUCCACUUGCCCGGUGAGAUUGGCGCAGGUGGGGAGUCGGAGGGCCUGCCCGGGUUAGAGGGUCACUCCCCAGCAGGAGUGCAGGGGGUGAAGGAGCAAGCCAGGGGUCCCAGGGCCUCCUUGGUCCUGAUGCCCCUCCUGAGACCCUGCCUGUGUCGCCCCGGAGCCGCCGCGGGAGGGAUACCCGCGCCGCUCCGCCCAACUUCCUGGGGUUUUGCUCUGCCCUUGAGCUGUUGGGCAGGAGCCUAGCUGGAAGUCCUGGGGCAGCCCCGUCCUGCUGGUGGGGUGGGAACAGUGCCAACGCUGGCAGGCCCGCGGCUUGGCCGGACUGAUGGUCUCCCACUCCACACUUUUUAAAUAAAUGCAAUUGCAGUAUUUUAGGCAGAUGGCCAACGGCGUCUGGCCGCCGGUGUCCGCUGCCACGUGUGUGUGUGAGCGCCCACACGCGUAGGUACACACGGAGCUUUCGAGCUCGGGGGCCGCCUCUGAGCUGAUUGCCUCAUGUCCCAGGUUUUGUACCCCUGUUUCUGUCGCGCCCCCAUCCCGAAUCUGGGGACGCGUCUGUGGUCCAUUCCUUGAAAUAAAGAAACACAUGCUGCA